GUGUAAUGAGGGGUGCCACUUCAGGAGUUCAGAAGAGAAUCCGGGAUGACUACCCAACAGCCCACUAUAUCCACUGCUAUGCCCAUCAGCUCAAUCUUAUCAUGCAACAGGCUACCUCCCACGUAGUCAAAGUCAAAAACUUUUUUUCCGACCUGGGUGGAUUUUCUGCGUUUUUUUCAAGAUCCCCCAAGCGGACCAGUGUGCUUGAUGAGGUAGUGGCCCAUAGACUACCAACAGCCAGCACUGUGAGAUGGAACUUUCACAGCCGUGCCGUCAAUACUGUGUUUGAGCAAAGAGAACACCUCGUUGAAUGCUUUGAAAGAAUUCGAGCAUCAGGUGGCUUUGAUGACAAGACCAGCCAAGAAGCAGGAGGCUACAUCAGGCUACUGGAGGAUCCUCAGUUCAACUUCUUCCUGCAACUGUUUCAUAAAAUAAUGCCACACGUGGACGUCCUCUAUGCCAAGCUCCAGAAGAGAGACAUAGAUUCAGUCCAUAUAGAAAGAUGCAUCCAGCAGUUCCAAGAGGACAUACAAAAAAUCAGAGAUUCUCUCCAUGCAAUGGUGGUGGAGCAAAGCAGUAGCUCUCAGCAGCCGAGGAAGCGCCGGGCUGUGUCGGAAGAUGAGCUUAGAAGGAUUGCUGCUGAGGUAUGUGACACCAUACUUGGACACACCAAGGAACGCUUUGCCUUCAAAGACCACCUCAUCAGUGCCACCUUACUGCAGGGCAACCAGUUUGAAUGCUACCUCAAGGUAUUCCCUGAAGUUGCUUUGGCCACCACAUUGAAGGCCUAUCCAAUUCUGGAUGGAGGCAAGCUGAAGACAGAGCUUGGCCUCAUCUAUGGCACAGACGAAUUCAGAUCCUGCCGUAGUGCUGUGGAUCUUUUCCAGUUGUUCAUGGAAACAAUCUAUCUGAGGAACACCAUGAGUCAGGAGAGACUGAAUGCCUUAGCCAUGCUCUCAAUGGAAAAAAGGCUGGUCACAGACAUGAUUGACUUUAACCAGAGAGUUAUUGAGGAAUUUGCCAGCUUGAAAGAGAGGAGGGCUAAAUUUCUUUACAAGUAG